UCGGCAGAAUUUGCACUUCUCCAGAAUACAACAGAAGUGGCAGAAUUGGACGACAUUUGGAGAAUGAUUGUUGUAUUAUUCGGAACAAAGAUGGAAACGGCUACGGUCAGUGCCACACCCUUGUGUUCAACACCUAGCCAGACAAGUGAGGACUACUACCGUCCCGUACCUGCGGUUAAACAGCAAUCUAUCUUUAUUUCUCCAAGUACUUCUGCACCCAACGAGAUUUUUCAUUGCAAACUUCAGUAAACAAAUCCGUGUCGUCUGGCUCCGCAUCCAAUCGCAAAGUGCAGUUACAGGAACAUCCUCAAGUGAGCCGUCCAUGUCCAAGCCACGUCUGGACAACUCAAAGGUGAGCUCCUUUUGUAAUGUUGUUGACAUCAAAGUAACAUACCAGUUUAUUAGAAUUGAACAAACAUAUUUUUAAUGGACACUACGUAAAGUAUGGUGUAUAAAAAUUCAUUGCGUAUUUGUCAGUAAAUGCGGUUUCUUUUUGUCAUGUUAUUGAAAAUACACGCUUUCGGGCGCAAGGCGAAUGACUACGUUGCAGUCUUCGAGGUAAACAAUCAUGCCUAUCACAAUUAUUUUUUAGUGUACAUGUUUCCUCUUUUGAGACGAUAUGAAAUAAGGAAAUUUAACAAUGUUCAUAUACUAGAGAUUGUCAUUCAUUUUUUGUUAUAUAAUAUUUCUUAAUAGUCCAUCAAGAACGCCAUCGUUGGACAGUGCGCCGUAGAGGGCAUGGUGCUCGAUUAUGAGAGGGGGCUGUGGAAAGCUGCGAAAGAGGUGUUUCCUGUCAUCAAGCUCCGUGGCUGCGCCUUCCAUUGGGGUCAAGCUAUUUGGAGGACGGUGCAGGUACAUACAAUGUACCAAUACAAAAAAAACAUUGUCUGAAUUUCACGUUACUCCAAUUUAAAAUAUUGCAAGAAAAAACAUUAUAGACAUUAUUUUAGAUUUACUCAAAGACGAAAUAGAAAAACGAAAACUAAAGGAAAUGUUAGGAUGUAAAAUAAUUAUAUAUAUAUUUAUUAACCCCUACAGAGACUUGGACUUGCAACCCAGUACAGUCAGGACCGAGGGACACAUGCUUUCAUCCGGAAGGUUUUAAGUCUUCCAUUCUUACACCAAGAGCAUAUCCGGCCAACCUUCGAGUGCAUGAAGGAUUAUACUUCUUCGGAGGCGGUACUCCCUUUGCUGGAGUACUUGGACCAGCAGUGGUUCAAUUCCCCAUGUUGGACCGUGGAGGAGUGGUGUGUCUUCGGACAAGCUGUCCGAACCAACAAUGAUGUAGAAGGGUGGCAUCGUCCACUGAACAGGAAGACGGGAGCGGCGCCACCCUCCUUCGUCCUACUCCAGAUCUUACAUCGCAAGGCCAAGGAUGUGGAAGAACAAAUACAUCUGGUAUCAGAACUGAGUCUCCGGAGGAUUCAGAGAAGAUCGACUCGGUCAAUGCAGUCAAGGCUGUUCAAUGCAUAGGACGCCUACACGGCAAGGGACAUAACCACUUCAGGGCUACUGAAGAAGGUAUCUGUGAUAUAUGGACACCGAGUGCUCAAAACAGAUGAGCUGGAGGAUGAAGACUAACUUUUAAUUGUAUUACUUAUAUAUAUAUAUAGCCUUAUCAUUAUUGUCUUCAACAUUAUUAUCUUUAUAGUUUUAUUAUAGUUUGUAUUAUUAGUAUUAUUAUAAGUAUUAUUAUAGUCAAUGUUAGUAUACUUCUUAUCAUUACCAGUAUUGUUAUUAUUAUAAUCCCUGUCAUGAAAUAAAUAAGGUAUUAUUAUAUUCAAUGUUAGUAUACUUUUUAUCAUUAUUGUUAUUAUUAUAAUGCCGGUCUUCAAAUAAAUAUUUGGGAAAUAAGAACUUCUUGUUUUAAAAAAUAGAUAUAUACUUUUCACUGAUUAAUGUAUAAAUUUAAAAUGUGAUUA